ACAGGGAUGUCAUGCUUUAAAACUCGAGAAAAUUUCCGGAAGACAAGCAGCGUGAAAUUUUACAUGAACUUUUUUUUCCUCCUUGACCGAAAUUAUUCACACAGUUAUUGUGUGAUUAAUAAUUUGAAUCGAUUCGAUUGGGCGAAAAGAUCGAUGUAUUUCAUGCAGGGUAACUGAGGACACUAACUUAAUUUGAGUUGCAGCUGAAUAGGGAUCAGAUUCGCUCGAGUCAUUGGGGUUUUCCAGUCAAAAUGCUGCUGUCUCUGGUCGUGCACACGUACUCGUUGCGGUACUGGCUUCCAGCGGCGGUGAUGAUAGGCACUGCUCCUGCUUAUCUGCUGUCCUGGAGCGCCUGGCGGCUACUGUCCACUGUACUACCGUCCAAUCUCUAUCACACUGUGGAUGACUGUGUAUAUUCAGCGUAUCAGAGUAUGGUACUGUUCUUCUUCGAGAAUUACACAGGAGUGGAGACUGUCAUUUAUGGGGACAUACCAAAGAAGAAGGAGAAUGUGAUUUACCUGUCAAACCAUCAAUCCACGGCUGAUUGGAUCAUUGCCGACAUGUUAGCGAUUCGACAAACUGCACUUGGACACGUUAGAUAUGUCCUGAAAGAUGGUCUGAAGUGGCUUCCUUUGUAUGGAUGGUAUUUCUCACAGCAUGGAGGUGUGUAUGUGAAGAGAAGUGCCAACUUUGAUGAGAAAGCCAUGAAAAAGAAAUUAUCUUCUCAGACAAAACUGGGUACACCUAUGUAUCUUGUCAUCUUUCCAGAGGGAACCCGCUACAACCCUGAGCUCCAGAAAGUGAUCAAUGACAGCCAGGCUUUUGCUGCUAAAGAAGGACUUGCUGUGCUGAAGCACGUUUUAACUCCAAGAAUGAAAGCAUCACACGUUGCCAUUGAGACUAUGAAGGAACACCUGGAUGCUGUAUAUGACAUAACCAUUGCAUAUGAGGGAAAACUAACAGCAGCCGGCCAGAGACAUCCAGCUCCUACAAUGCCAGAGUUUUUGUGCAAGGAAUGCCCCAGGGUGCACAUCCACUUCAACCGAUUGGACGUGAGGGAAAUUCCGGUGGAGCCAGUGCUCUUCCGGAGAUGGCUACAUGAAAGAUUUGAAAUCAAGGACAAGCUUCUGACUACUUUCUAUGAUUCUGAAGACCCUGAGAAAAAGUGCAGGUUCCCUGGAGAAAGCCAAAAGUCACCUCUUAGUCUUACAAAGACAUUACCUUCUCUGUUGAUUUUGGGUGGCCUCACUUUACCAAUGUUGUUAACAGAGUCAGGUAGAAAACUAUAUCUCAAUACCUGGCUUUAUGGGACUCUGAUUGGAUGGGUGUGGGUAAGUGUAAGUCCAUAAACUUACCAUACUGAAAAAAAAAUCCAUUCUGACCACUCAGAUGACAAUUAUCAAUCUUUAUUACCCACCAUAGUUUCUUUUUGGCUCAUAUUAUACUACUAACCAAGAGGCUUUUUAUUGUUUUUCAUUUGUUUUAUUUCAUACUCCCAUCUGUCAGAAGGAAAACAGUAACGCUGUGUCAUCACUGCAAAUGAGUAUGAGAUACAAAAAAACGAAAACGUUCCAUUGUUAGCAUAAUAUGCUUGCAGCAAUGUAGACUGAUAUUCAUAUUUUUAUUUAUAAUUAGAAUGUUUCAGUUUUUUGAUGUCAUCAUUCACUUGAGGUGUAGACCCAAUGUGAGGUUGUUUUCACAUUUACUCAGUUUAGAGUCCAACUCUAAUUUGUAAUGCACAAAUGGUAAACAAUGUGUAACACAGAUACAAUGAUUUAACUAUAGCGGUCUUGAAAAAAAGUCAUUUAACCAUAUAAUUGGCCUUGUGGA